GAUGACUGAUCAAAAUUAACGGAUUGCAUUAGAAGCGAAAUACAUUAAAUUGUUAAAGGAAGUUGAGGAGAAAGAAAGACAUGUUAAAGAAUGUAAAUUUACAUAAUAAUGAUUAGUGAGAGCAUAAACAAAAUAAAAGAAGAAUGAUUUUGAAAAGUUUGAAGAUAAUAUCAAAAGUUUAAAUAUAAGAGGAUAAGCAGUUGGAGAAAUAUUAAUGAAAAUAAAUGAUGAAAAAUGUAAUAAGAUAAUCUUAAUUAAGAUAUUUCAAAAUUGAAUAGUGGACCUAGAUAUGUUGUUGGUGCUAAACCCAAGCUUGAUAGAGAGAAAUUGGUAGUAGGAACAAGAAUUGCACUUGAUUAAGAAACAUAUACAAUAGUUAGAAUUUUGCCAAGAGAAGUAGAUCCAUAAGUUUUUCAUAUGGCUCAUGAAGAUCCAGGAAAGGUUUUAUUUGAUGAAAUUGGAGGUUUAAAUGAUCAACUACGUGUUUUAAGAGAAGUAUUUAUAAAACUAAAGUGUAGACUAUAGAAUUACCUAUAACUAAUCCUGAAUUAUUCAAAAGAGUAGGUGUAAAACCUCCUAAAGGUUGUUUAAUGUAUGGUCCUCCAGGUACUGGUAAGACCUUAAUUGCAAGGUAAAAUAAUAAUAUAAAAUGAAGAGCUUUAGCUUGCAAUGUCUAAGCAAAGUUUUUGAAAAUAGUUGCUUCGAGUAUAGUAGAUAAGUAUAUUGGAGAGAGUGCUAGAGUUAUAAGAGAAAUGUUUACAUAUGCUAAAGAGAAUUAGCCUUGCAUUAUUUUUAUGGAUGAAAUAGAUGCUAUUGGAGGUAGGAGAUUUAGUGAUGGAACAUCUGCUGAUAGAGAAAUAUAAAGAACUCUUAUGGAAUUAUUAAAUCAAUUAGAUGGUUUUGAUGAUUUGGGUAAAGUCAAAGUAGUAAUGGCUACUAAUAGACCAGAUAUUUUGGAUCCAGCUCUUUUAAGACCAGGUAGAUUGGAUAGAAGUAUUAAUUUUAAUAUUUAAUAUAUUAGAGGUUGAAAUUCCAUUACCUAAUGAAUAAGCUAGAUAUGAUAUUUUAAAGAUUCAUUCAAGAAAUAUUACAACUAAAGGAGAAGUAGAUUUUGAAUAGUUAGCAAAGUUAUGUGAAGAAUUUAAUGGAGCAGAUCUAAGGAAUGUUUGUACUGAAGCAGGUAUAUUAUUAUUAUAAUACUCUUAGGUAUGUUUGCCAUAAGAGCAGAUAGAGAUUAUGUUAUUGAAGAGGAUUAUUUCAAAGCAGGUAGAAAAAUAAAAGAAGCCAAAAAAUUAGAAUCUAAACUAGAGUAUUAAAAGGUUUGAUUAUUAAUUAUAUAUAUAAAAAUUUAAAUAUGUAAACCUCGCUAUUUUAAGAAAUCGAAGAGUUCACUUAAUGCUCGAAUUGGAUCGAAAACUAAGACUCUGCUGGUUCUUCUAAUAAUGAUCUUUUCCUAUUUGGUUAUAGUAUUUUAUUUUUUAAAUUCUAUUUCGAAAGAAUCAAAGCUUCUAUUUUCAACAGAAACUAACUCUUCCUCUGAUGAAUAAUUUGAGGCAUUUUCUGCCAUUUUUAAUCAAGCUUUUGAGAAAUGUUCAAAUGAGAAUGACAACACUUAAAAUUAGUUCAAUAUUUCACUACAAACUGUAAUAUGAAAUUUAGAAAUUAGAUUGCUAAUGACAAACGAACUACUUUAAUGAUUAGAAACAUUCCAAAUAAUUAUACAGUGAAAAGACUAUAAAAUGAGAUAGAUUUCAAAUUCUAUUCAAAAUACGAUUACAUAAAUAUUCCUUGUGAUUUAGAAGGAGGUUUUGCAUUUAUUAAUCUAAAAAACAAAAGAUAUCUUCAGGAAUUUUAUUUGGCAUUCAAUAAUCGACCUUGGAACUUUAACAGAAAUUAUGUAUAUUAUUUAUAUUAUAUAAUAGAGUUGUGUAUUAAAAUAUGCAAAAGUAUAAUAUAAUGAAAAUUAAUUAAAAUAUUAAAAGAAGAUAGGUCCAGAUAUCUAUUCACAUUAAAAAAAAGUGAUUGAUUUGAUUUAGAAUCAAAAGAAAGAAUUAAAAUAAUGA